ACAGAAACUAAUCACCAUGCCUAAGGAAAGCAGCCACAAAAUCCAUCCAGCGCCAGCUUGGCUCACCACGGACUGCGUCCAGGAUAAGCUGCGCUCCUUCUUCCAGAAAAAGUCUCUUCGUCUGGAGAAACUGAACAGCAGCCCUGCCAUUGGCAAGGGAGAGAACUUUGGCAGCGUUCUGACUCGCAUCAAUGUCGAGUUUGCCACCAAGGAGGACUCGAAGCAGGCCGAGGAGAAGGAGUCCACCACCUUCCUAGUGAAGACGACUUUCGCCAACAAGGAUCCGGCCGCAGACGUCUUGAAGCACUAUGGUGUCUAUACUCGUGAGAUGGAUAUGUACGAGAAGGUGCUGCCCCAGAUGACGGAUCUUCUCAGGAAUGAGCUUAAGGAUUCAAGGAAAUUCUUCGCUGGUACCAUCAACGUGGAUAGAUCAAGGAACUCUAUAAUCUUUGAGGAUUUGGCGCUGGAGCACUACAAGAUGGCUUCUCGAAAAAAGAAACUCGACCUGGAGCACACCCAUCUGAUGCUGGAAAAGAUGGCCAGUUUCCAUGCGGCCGGGGCGGUGCUCGCCGAGCGCCAGCCCGGAAUCUUCGAGCGGAACUACGACCGAGGAUUCUUUAAUCAGCAUACCAGGGCCUACGGACCCAUCAUGACCAAUUUGAUGGAGGCCCUGUCCCGAUCUCUUAACGAUGACGAGGAGAUGCGCGAGAAGUACCAGGCCAAGCUAGAUCGGCUGGUGAAGCAUCUGAUGGACUAUGGCGAGCGCACCACCUCCAUUAAUCCAGGGGACUUUUUGACCCUGGCGCAUGGCGACCUAUGGAUUAACAACUUUAUGUUCCAGUACGACGAAAUGGGUCAUCCCACCAACGCGGUCCUAAUCGACUUCCAGUUCAGUGUCUGGAACUCCCCGGCCAUUGAUCUGCACUACUUCUUCUCCACCUCUGUGCAGGACAACCUCCGAUUGGAGAAUCAGCCGGAACUGGUACAGUUUUAUUACUACAGGCUGGUGGAGGCCUUAAGGAAGCUCAAGUUCGCUGGUCAUAUUCCCAGCCUGUUUGAGUUCCAGCUACAGUUCCGCACAAAAGGUUUCUAUGCUGUUUUCUGUUCCUUGAUCUUCGAGCCUGUGAUGCAGUACGAAGGUGCCGAGGAGCCUUCUCUGGAGCAGUGCCUGUCCAAUUCCGAGAGCGGAAUCCGCUUUAAGGAUUCGGUCUAUGAAUCAGAGGCUGUAAAAAGAAAACUGCGCAUUACCCUUCCCUUCCUAGACCACCUCGGACUGCUCGAUGAAAUGUGAUGUCCAUAAGUUUUUAUAUAUUCUAAGUAAUUGUAUGCAAGUAUAAAUAAAGUCUGUAGCUCAAGUGAA